CACCAUGAUGUCCCUGAUGUCCCCACAGUGUCCCCAACAGGACCCUGGUGUGUCCCCAGUGCCCCCAACAGGACAUCAGGGGACACUUGGGGCUUGUUGGGGACCCUGAGGGGACAUUGGGGUCUUGCUGGGGACCCUUAGGGCACAUGGGGGUCCCGUUGGGGAUAUCAGGGGGGCAUCGGGGCCCCGUCUUUGCCCUACUGGCAGGGGGGGGAAGUGACAUCGCGUCUUCCUGUUUCUCCUAUCUGGCCGCGUCAGCUUCCUGUGUGUCCCCAGCUGCCACCCGGGUGUGUUUGUCACCCGGAGUGGCCCCAGAGUGUCCCUGGAGUGUCCUCAAGGCAUCCCUGGAGCGGCCAUGGAGCCCCUCGAGCUGUCCCCAGCCCUGCUGCAGCCACAGGUCACCGUGGUGGCCAUCCUGGGCGAGCUGCUGGCCACCCUGCCCAGCCUGGACGAGAUGCUGUUCGUAUCCCCAAAGCGCCAGUACUCGGACCUGGAGAAAUUCACCAGGGAGCUCCGGAACAGCCUGUACUGCACUGAUGACCCCUGGUGGCGCCGCAAUGUCACCUCCAAAGAUGAUGAUCCUGUCACCUCCCUGAGCCAGGCCCUGGCCGCCUACAAGAGCACCCCAUGGACCACCUGGGACCAUGUGACACAGGCAGCCAGCAAGUGGCACAGGUCGGUGGCUGUGCUAUUGGACAGGUGGGCUGACCUGCCCUCGGCAGCCACCUGGCACCACAACACCUGCAGGAAGGUGGCCACUGAGAUGGCUGACAUGGCGGCCACCGCCACUGCCCGGGCCAGGGAGCUGCAGGAUGAGGCUGCCCGUGAUGGGACAGCUCAGGAAAACAUGGUACAGCUGGUUCUGGCCCUGGGAGGGGAGGAGGGGGCUGAGGUGGUGGCCGGGCGUGAAGCCCAGGUGAGGAGAGAUGCCAGGGUGGCUGCCAGCGAGGCAAGAAGGGCCAGCACAGUGAGACAGUGGGUGGAGGAGGCCCUGGGGCUGCUGGAGCGCUUGGUGGCCGCGUGUGACGAAGCUGCCGCGUUCCCCCGGGAGCUGCAGCGCAGGGUUGGGGACAUCGAGGCCACCCUGGAGGGGGCAAAUGAGGCAUCCCCCAAUGUCCCCGAGGCCUUGGUGGCCAAGGUGGCUGUGGCUGAGCGGCUGUGGGAGGCCAACGCCCGCCUGGCCAAGGAUCACCUGGUGGGGACACUUGAUGACAUCAUCAACUUGUAUAUCAAUGGUGGUCCUGACAGCCCCAGUGGGGUGGCCGAGCGGUGCCAAAGAGCCAUCGAGGACAUCCCAAGGCUCCUUCGACCCCUGAAGCAUCCCCAAGGUGUCCCCAGGGUGUCCCCACUGUUCCCAGCCCUGCUGCAGCCACAGGUCACCGUGGUGGCCACCCUGGGCGAGCUGCUGGCCGCCCUGCCCAGGCAGGACGAGGAGAUGCUGCCUGUGUCCACAUUGCGUCUGUACUGGGACCUGGAGGAAUUCACCAGGGCCCUCUGGGACACCCGGGACUGCACUGAUGACCCCUGGUGGCACUGCAAUGUCACCUCUGAUGAUGAUGACCCUGUCACCUCCCUGAGCCAGGCCCUGGCCACCUACAAGAGUGCCCCAUGGACCCCCGGAACCACAUGACAAUGGUGGCCAGCAAGUGGCAGGGGGAGGUGGUCACUGAGGCAGCCACUGAGGCGAUCACCGCCACCACCCGGGCCAGGGAGCUGCAGGACGAGGCUGCCCGUUAUUGGAUAGAUCAGGAAAUCAUGAUGGAGCUGGGUCUGGCCAUGGACUGGAUUGAGUG